UGAGCCACUGCGCCUGGCCUUUAACUCGGUUUAUUGUUAAAUGUGGCUUUGUUCAAGGACAUUUGGCUUGCAGGCACAGAGCUGAUUAACUGGUUAUGUGUUUUUUGACAAUAAGGUGGUGAUGAUUAAGAGAAAUAUAUAGCCAGUUAAAUAAGGCUUCCUGGGCGACACCACUGGGGCUUGUGAGGUACGGUGUGUCCCAGCAGAGGCCACCUCCUGCCCUCCACGCCUGCUGUUCUUGCAGGCAGGGGCUCUGCUGCUCAGAGCAGCACGGCCAUCUCAGCUUCUCUCCUCAUUGUCUGUGGCACGCUGGUCCCCCCCAACGCCUCUCGCUGCCCUGUGCCUGUCUCUGUGCAGCCCGAGAAGCCUGGCUUUCUUCGCCAACUGUGCUCUGGGAGUGAGGACAUGAUGCGGGGCGAGCAUGUUGCAGCAGUGCACCCAGACCCUUCCCUCCUGUGGGAGGAGGGGUGCGGCAUGCAGGGGGGAGAGGGCAGGGACACUGGCCCUGUCACAGCCUGUACUAUCCCCAUUGGGACCCUAGCCUGGAGCCCCCCAUCCUGGGGCCCCCACCUGUGGCCCCGGGCCCAUCCCCUGCUCCUUCCCUGCACACCUGCCCUGCCCAGCAGCCUUUCUGGUCCCCGCUGCUGAUACCAGUGAGCUGCUUCAGGGUGAGGCUGCUUUCUGGCUCCUGGCCUAUUCCUGUUUGGACACAGAUAGGUUCUUAGCGUCCAGAGGCUCCCCAUGCAGCCAUGGUCAGCAGGGCGCCCAGGACAGACCACCCCCCCCACCCGCCGCCAACUCCAUGCAGCGCCUGGGCCUUGGGAGCAACUGCCUUCUUCUUGGUGAAAGGUAUAUGUCCCAGAGCAAGCAUGCGGAGGCACGGGAGCUCAUGUACUCAGGAGCCCUGCUGUUCUUCAGCCACGGCCAGCAAAACAGCGCUGCAGACUUGUCCAUGCUGGUCCUGGAGUCCCUGGAGAAGGCAGAAGUGGAGGUGGCCGACGAGCUGCUGGAAAAUCUGGCUAAAGUAUUCAGCCUGAUGGACCCCAACUCUCCUGAGCGCGUGGCCUUUGUGUCCAGAGCCCUGAAGUGGUCCAGCGGGGGCUCUGGGAAGCUGGGCCACCCCCGGCUGCACCAGCUGCUGGCCCUCACCCUGUGGAAAGAACAAAACUAUUGUGAGUCGCGGUAUCAUUUUCUGCACUCAGCGGACGGGGAGGGCUGUGCCAACAUGCUGGUGGAGUACUCCACAUCCAGGGGCUUCCGCAGCGAGGUGGACAUGUUUGUGGCCCAGGCUGUGCUACAGUUUCUCUGUUUAAAAAACAAAAGUAGUGCAUCGGUGGUCUUCACUACGUACACCCAGAAGCACCCGUCCAUCGAGGAUGGGCCUCCGUUCAUGGAGCCGCUGCUCAACUUCAUCUGGUUCCUGCUGCUAGCUGUGGAUGGCGGAAAGCUGACGGUGUUCACCGUGCUAUGUGAGCAGUACCAGCCAUCCCUCCGGCGGGACCCGAUGUACAACGAGUACCUCGACCGCAUAGGACAGCUGUUCUUCGGUGUCCCGCCCAAGCAGACAUCUUCCUACGGAGGCCUGCUCGGGAACCUUCUGAGCAGCCUUAUGGGCUCCUCGGAGCAGGAGGAGGGGGAGGAGAGCCCCAGCGACGGCAGCCCCAUCGAGCUGGACUGAAUUGGCCGGGCCACGUGGAGACACCAUGGUCAACGGCGGCUCGAGGGACAUUUUGGAGGCGAGUCCCGGGUGGCUCCUGGCCCCGGGGGCUCCUAGCCUUGAGGCUGGCAGUGGCCGCGUGCCGGCGCGUGUCUGUCUGUGGCGCGUCUGUUUGUGCGGCGGCUCCGGGUGGCGCGGCUGCCGGUUGCUCUGCUGCUGGGACCCAAGAGUGGGGCCUUGCCCCUGCUGGCCGCCGCAUCCCCUGAGAUUGACCCACAAUAAAGCACAGGCCUUAUGCGGCGUCCCCUCUCCCACUCCUUUGUUCUGGGUCCUUUCGGGAGGGCUGAGGGGCAGCACAGGAGGCCUGUCCUCAGGGACCUGGCACAUCACGCUCCUUGCUUGGCGUCCAGAGCAGCUGUGGCCGCCAAAGCAGGUGCUGGCCCUCACACGUGAGAACCCGGCUGGGCCCUGUGUGGUCUGCAGAUGCGUGUGGCUGUUUCUGAACACAGGUCACUCUGCAGUCACGGCGAACUGGUCCACAUCACAGACGGAGCGCAUGUGCCCUGCGCCACAUCCUCACACUCGGUGGAGGGACACGUGCGGUGGGACGGCCCAUGUGGCAUCCCGGAGCUGCGCCCUGCUGGUCUCUGUGAGAGCCAUGCUGCUGUGCUGGAAAUGCCGCUUUAAAAAGGGAUACCGUGGGACUCUGCCCAUCUCUUUCAUAAUGCAAUAUUUAUUUGUAUUGGGUGAUUGAUUCCUUUGACCUAACGUUUUAGGUUUUAACCAAAUAACCAGUCCAGGAGUGAGCAGCUCUGGUCUCUAUCAUGGAUGCUUUUCCAGAUGUUGCCAGAACAAUGACAAAAGGGGAGACGCUCUAUUUUUUCAAGAUUCAAUGACAGUUGUUGUAGAUUGAUACGCGGUUGUGCAUGGGAAGGGGAAACGCACAGCUUUAUUUACUGUAAAGUGGAAUUUAAGGAAGGCUUGUGUGAACCGUUGCGCAUAAAUAAACCCUUUCUACCGGGC